AUGCUUGCUCUCGUGAGUAUUACAAUUUAUGUCAUAUUGCAAAACGUCGUUUGUGCCGAUGAUACAUCAGAAAUAGUGGUUUGGCAUCGUUCGUUUACGAUUGGUAUCGUCAUUGGUACAGUUCUAUGUACCCUGAUCGGAACUUGUUUGGCUUACAUUAUAUUAAGAACUGUUAAGCGGAAAUUGUCACCACCAGCUUAUACAAUGGAUGACGUUCCAAGAGACAAGAGUGGUAUGGAAUGUUUCUAUGCAAAUAGUAUUUCAAUUCCUACCGAUGUUUCAAAUGUGUAUCAAGUACAACCGAUAUUAACCGUUUCGGAAGUUGUCUCGUCGUUCAAACAAUCGUUUAACAACUUAGGUGAUGCUAUUCUACCUCGUCGAUCGACGCAUGACAAAAAGAUCUUAUCAGUACAAGAAAAAAAUGAAAUCAUCCUUUGA